GUUAGCUCACGCCAUUGGCAUAGACAUCAUUGGAAACAAGAAAAAAGCCGCCGAGUCAACAUGGCGACGUUUUUCGGCGAAGUCUUGCCGAUUCAUUCGCGAGCCGUCGACGACAACGAAGACGAGAACGCGGAGUCGCCCAGCGUGUACUUCGACCUAGACCAGAGGUACCAGGACGUAGCUUCGCUCCCUGCUUACGACCUGGUCUGCGUCGCGACCGGCAUCGCGCCAAGCAUUUUCGUGCAGUGCUACCUCCUGCCGGACUCGCAUCAGGUCCUGGGCACCAUUCGGUUGAACCCCACGAACAGCAAGACUGCCCCCAGCGACGUCUGGGGACUGGACUACAACCGUCGCACCGACGUCUUGGGCAAGCUGAUUCACUAUCCGGGUCACGGCGCUGGCGUUUUGUACUGCCUCUGCGACAAGGAAGUGCCGUUCGAGAGCUGCGCGCCCAUAGCGCGACACUUCGUCGAGCUCUCGAAGUCCCCGCGCGUCACUUCGGUGUGCUUCACGGCAUUGCCGGCCAGCGACUACAAGUCCAAGGGAAGGCCCGAGUUUCCUCUGCUGAGGCAGCUUCGCACGUUCGGCUCGGCCAGGAACGGCACCGAGGAAGCCAUACCCGACUUGGAGACGCCUAACACGGUAUCCGGCAUGUGCGCCGCUGUUCUGACUGAAUGCGAAGUCGGGGACAUGCCUGGUACCCUGUUUGUCCUCUACACCGACACGCCUGAAGUCGACUCCACCGUAGUUCGCGCUCUCGAACCGACUCUGAGGUUGAACUCCCUGCAAGCCCUGAAUCAGCCGCUCGACAAUUGCAGGAACGAGCUGUUGAGGCGAAUUCGGGACGCCAAGAUUGACCGCGGUUACCUGUACUUCUGAGGUCGAAGCUUCGCGCUAGUCGUGCUCUAAGACGAACGCUGACAGAUUUUUUUUUCAGUUGAAGGCAGAAAGCAGAACACACUUCUGAUGUUCUGACGCUAAGCUCUGCGAGUACAUGCCCGAGAUGUGGCCAGAUGCGGCAAUCAGACGAGCUUGUUACCUCAGAAGCACGGCUUACCUGCAGGCCACCUUGAUUUAGUGGUGCCGGAGUCAAAAAUGGAAAACAUGGCAUCCCUUUAGGGAUGCCAUGUUGAACCAAGCGUAGAACCACUGACUAACGACCGCUGUUUUCCUGUGCUGCUGUAAUCUGAUGGGAAUCCCCAAGAAGCAGUUUAAUCAUAUACCUUGUUCGACCAUCAACCUGCGGUAACCAAGUCACUUUUGACUGCACGUCUUGGUUGGAGAAGCUUCGCGGUAGUUGUGGACAGAAUGAGCGUACGUGCUUAACUGAAUAUCAAAACCUCUUGCCAUUAGCACUUGGCAAUAAUUUAGAUGAAUUGACAACAGAGCUUGCUGUCGCUUCGUAGGACGCAUCAAGUAACUUAAAAAAUAAUCUCAUUGACGCAAUACUUGGCGUGCCGCCACACAUUACAAGGCACGUCACGCAAAAUGUGUCUUUCCCACUGCACUGUGUUUCACGAAGGUUGACAUUUGAACAAAUUAGCAUGGUUUUUUCAACUGAAGGUGGCUCAAACGACGCGGAAAAAAUUGUCAGACCAAGGCACUACAAUCACUCUUCGUCUGUAAUUACAUGUCUAAUUAUAUUGAAGUUUCGUGCUGCCAUUGACCGAUUGUGAAGUUUCAGGAGCCUUAUGCGGCUCUGGCAAACAGGCGUCCGACGUCUACAUUGUCGUAAGCACAGACUUUCGUGUGGUCAUCUUGUUUCAGUAUUGUCGCCAAGUUUUGGUGGCCCAAGGUGUAAUGAACAGCGAGCAGUCCGUUGCCUUUUGAGAGUCGUACUCGCUGUCUGAAAGUGAUUGAGUCAUGUUAUAUACAUCUCUGGCAUAUUUUGUUCCCCAGACUAUUAAAUCAAAGAAUUCUUUCAA